AAGACAUGCCUCCAGUGAUGGCAAUAAAGUGAACAGGUUCCUCUGUUGUACCAAAUAAGUUCUGUUGGGAGUACACCUUGUUCCAGGCCACUAACAAGAAGUCUGAUCCCCUGAUUGCUCUUAGCGAGAGCCCCCUCAGAAUUGGGACCUAACUAGUACACUGUGUCUAUCUGAAUGCUCCCUAAUAUCUGAUCAAAAUAUUUCAUUGGUUUGAACACACUUUAGUCCUUAUUAUGACCAAAUUUUUAUUUGACGAUGUGUUCAGCCUUUAUCACUUACGCACAUGACUUGUAUUUAAGUCCUCAUACUACCAGUAUACUAUACGACGCACAUUAGCCUCAUUAUGACUAAACUUGAAUUCACAGUAUUUACCUGGCAGUAAACUAUAUAUAGAUAUCAGUGAAGCCUUGCGAACGACCCAUAUAUAACGUUCCGCUUGAACUGCGCAAACGUGUACAUCGUUUAUCAGUAACAUAACUUUAUAUAAGUCCUCAUACUACCGUAUGUGCAACAGAUCCUGUUUUAAACCAGUUACUUUAAGCAGCCGAAGAGCGAAAGAUGUCUUCCGCGCUUUACCUCCUGGUCUGUUUUUGUUUCAUCUAUGUUGUUUCAAAACAGUUCAUUGUUCAAACUAAUAACGGGAAAUUGCGGGGAUUUGCUGCAGAAACCGUUCUGGGUCGUGCAAUUCAGUUUCUUGGUGUCCCCUACGCCAACCCACCAGUUGGCCCACUACGUUGGAAACAACCCGAACCUCCCGACAACUGGGAUGGCGUAAGAAGUGCAGAAUAUUUCGGACCAAGCUGUCCACAAAAAUUCACCACGCAGCUUACUCAUAUUUAUCCCAAGGAAUUUGUACGCGCCCGAAUCCAAAAUCAGAAGAUUAACGAGGACUGCCUUUUCCUGAAUAUCUAUGUUCCUACCAUGGUGGUACCGAACAGAUAUGAUCCUCUCCCAGUGUUUGUAUUCAAACAUGGCGGGAACUAUGAAUGGGGAUCUGGGACCGAGUACAACGGUACCUUCUUAGCUUUACAAGGUAACAUUAUAGUAAUCUCAUUUAACUAUCGUUUGAAUAUAUUUGGGUUCCUUUCAAAUGGUGAACCAGAACUUGGGGGAAACUACGGAAUGUUUGACACUGUGCGGGUGCUCGAAUGGGUUCAGACCAACAUCCGGGCUUUUGGUGGAGAUCCAUCACGGGUCACUCUAGGCGGAGAAUCUGCAGGCGGUUUAACAGUGGACAUCUUCCUCACAUUAAGUCCAAUAAUGCGAAAUCGACGACUGUUUCGGCGGGGAAUUGCUUCAGCUGGACCCCAUUUACUUCGCGGACACAAAAUUUUAAAAGAAAUAACAGUAAAGAACACCAUGGGAAUCGUUUCCUUGUUGAACUGUUCACAUCCAUCGAGACAGCAAAUGGUGUCCUGUCUUCGACAAAAAACAACCAGGGAGCUGAUGUCGGAGUUUUAUCAAUACAAAGGUGAUAGCAUUUUUUCAGCCAAUGUCCUAUUGCCGUACGGCGACGGCAUUAUCCUAGAUGAAGAAAUAACAGGCUACCCAGGUUGGGAUGUAGACGGAAUAGACUAUAUGUUGGGAACAUGUCGACGUGAUAGCAGCACCUGGUUUGGCGUAGCAGGAAAUGAAUCAGAACCCAACGUUGAGAUUGCAAAGGGUUUUACGAAGGGCUUAGUCGAGUGUCUUUACCCCGGAGCUCCUGAUUUUAUGACCGAUGUCGCAGUAUUCGAGUACACAUCACCCGAUAUGAAGUCAUCCCACGACGCAUGGCUGGAACUGUGGCAAGAUUUAUUCUUCCUCGCCCCUGCAUGGGAGCAUGCUCUUUUGUGGCCAGAUAAUUCCAGUGUAUACUUUUAUGAGUUUGUUCACAAACCGUCAUUUUCCAUAUACCCUCACUACGUAAAUGGUGCCUCUCAUAUGGAAGAACUGCACUUUUUCUUUGGUGACGUUUUGGACUCGUCACUGUUCCCUACCAAGCCAACUGAGGAGGAAGUGGAACUGAGUAAACAAGUCAUGACAGCCAUAGGAAAUUUCGUCAGAUCGGGGAACCCCAACGCCCAAUCCUGUUCAGUGUGGUCAGGUAAGCCACACUGGCCUAGAAUUGAUGACGUCAGGAGGCAGUACUUGGAAUGGGCUGUGGAAAUGACGUCAGCAAACGUAAAACGGGACCUGAAACCGAGGAAAAUGGAGUUUUGGAAUGCCCUUUUUCCAAAAUCCCUCUGACAACAGAUUUUGUCAAGCGGUAUGUACGAGAAAUAUCAUAUCCUUCAAGAGGAGAAAAACUGUAAACGACAGAAGGCUUAUAGAGAAAGAGUACCACAUUAUUUCUCUUUGUCCUACUUUUAAUUGCUUAUAAUAAUAAUUAAACACAAAAGGAAUUGUGCUGGUAGAAGCAGUCGACUUUAAAUUGGUUCAUCCCAAACUUGAAGGAAAAUGGAUUUCAGAGGACGUAUAUUAGACACC